CUUGAAAUACGAAGAUAUUUAAUGAUGUCAUUAAUGUUUUUAUAAAAUACAAUAUUAUAGAGUCCUAUUUUUCUCAUUUAACAAUGUCUUUUGUUUAUUUUUUGGGAGGGUGUCACGGAUUAAUGACAUUUCCAUUCACUUCAAUGGGGAAAGAUGAUUUGAGAUACAAGUGAGUUGCGUUACAAAUUUGGUCACGGAACGAAUUCAACUCUCAAGGCAACGGCGGUAUUGCACUUAAAAGUAAAACAAAAUUGUACCAAAAAUAAAAGUUUAAAAGUAAACGGUUUUUAAUGACUAAAUGCAAAGUGAAGUACAACUGAUCUGCACAUCGGCCAGUGAUUCUGUAACACACUUUGAGUGUUAUGAUUUCCGUCCCCUUUGGAGGAACACAAAUCAGAUAGAACCCAAUGUUGUUGUUGAGUCAGCAGGCUCAAAGCAAAUGCUUCAUACUAUCCAGGUGUUUUUUUUUUUUGCUUUAUCCAGCAUGAGUCCCCCCUUCUAGUUUUUAUGCAGCCUUUUUGCUGCAUAAAACUAGUGGUUUUCUGCCAUCUUUGUAGACUGCCGGGAAGACACCCCCCAGAGAGAGGAAAGACAGAGGUGUUCCAUAAUUCAUAUUACUCUGCCAAGGAUCAAUUCUUGCUUUACGUAACCAAGUGAGGAUGGAGUAGAAAGACUGUACUUCAGGGUUUUGGAGUUGUUGUUUUUUUUUUUUUUGGCGAGCCUGAUGAAAACGUGUGUUUGUGUGUGUAAAGGUUAAGGCUGUGCCGUUCUCCAAACAAACAACACUCUUGGUGUGUAGCCUCUCAAAGUGAAAAAGACGCUUCAACCCUAAUUUUGCAUUCCGAAUCGGCAUUUGAAAUCGUUUGUUUUUACACUCGCUGAUAUCUUUUUUUGCAAUCUCCUGUAAAGCCCCCAUUCCCUUGGUCCCUUCUUUAAAAAAAAAAAAAAUAAUCCCCAACUAUCAACUCCUUCCUGUUGUAAAUCUUAAUGGAGGCCCACUGAGAGAAGCACGAAACAGCCACGCAUGGCCUUGAGUGAGUCAUCCAAUGCAGUGUGUAGGGUGCGUGCGUGACUAUCAACGCGCACGGCGAAGAAGCCGCAAGACUCCACUGACUCUCAGCACAGCAUCAAUUCCAGCUUCGCUUUUUUGCUUUUAAAUGCUCCUCCACUUUUUUGGACGCAACGAGACAUUUUUUCAUUUUGUCAAUAUAUUUGGAGCUGUGUUAAUGGUAGAGCUCGGACUCUCAAUCCCCGUUGGAUAUUGGCAUCACCGGUAACGAAUGACGAGCACUGAGAAUAUUAAAAAAAUAAUAAUAAUAAUAAAAUUCAUUUUGGUGAUUAUUUUAUAACCUGCUCAUUGUGCAAACAAAAAAUACAAAUGAAUAGAUAUUGCUAGUUAAAAACUAUGCAGGAAAAAAAGAAGCAAAAAGACAUUUUCGAAGCAAAGUCUUUAAAAUUACAGACUGUGUCUCUAUGUGGCCAAAAAUGGCCACAAAGAAACUGAAAGCAAAGUAAAAUCGAACAAGAUCUGAGGGUUGAAACGAGACCUUCAUGCAGGGCAUUCCAUAUGAAAUGCGUCAAGAAUUUUCAUUCCACCGCUCAGAUUUUCUUCAAAUUUGGGUUGGAAUUGGAAUGGAAAAGACCAGAACAGAAUACAAAACGUUUUUGUUCUCAACCUCUUAAUUAGCGAGCUCUAGGCUCCCAAACCGUUGGCUAAUUCGAGCUAUCGCUUGACUUCAAACUUGAAAAUCUUUGAAACUACACCACUUAGAAACCUAAUUUGGGUAUCAUUUUAAAAAGCUCUUUUAUUGUUCUACAGCACAAGCUUUAGUGUAAAAUUCUUUGUUUUGAGGAGACCUGUUGAGAUGUGUCGGGCAACACUGGAGCACACGCAUGCGUGAGUCACGGUAUUUCUUUCAUCUCAGCAUUUCAGUCAACGAAUGUGUGGUCCCUUUUGGUUACAAGUAAAAGAAAACCGGAAGAUAUAUUUCCUGCUUCCGAUCAGCGAGCGCCAACUAAGCAGCCAAAUGUUGUCAGUCAUUCAUCAGAAGCUUUCUCUUCAGUAAUUGCCACUUUGCGGAGGCACACAAAAAGGUGAAUGGGCUGCCAGUGCUAAUGAAAAGACAGAUUUUACGAGUUGACAAAGUGAGCAGAGCCUUUUCAAACUUCCGUUCAAUGGUUUUAAGACCUUCCCAGACCUUUUGGGACUUUUUUGGAGGGGACGGGGGUGGCGGCAUUCCAUCAUUAAGUCUUGGUUUACUUAGGUUUUCUCAACUCAUCAUUCAUCAUUGUUGGCUUCACUUGUCAACAGUCAACUCUUUCCACACUGGUAUGUGCGCUUGUGUGUGCGGUUGACAAAUGAGACCCCCAGGUAUGGAGCCCGCAGGUAACGAGCCAGUCGUGCAAGCUGAUGCAUGCUCAGUUUGCACUAAUAUCUGGUUGAAAAUCUGAAAAGCUGCAGCACAGCGUUUAAGGUAAGAACCCCUCUGACAAAGGACCUGCUGGGGACUAUGGCAUCCCUAAUCCUGGGCCGGCCUUCAAGGAGGUGUGGCAGGUGAAAGUAUGGCCCAAAGGCCUGGGUCAGGCCAAGAACCUGGUGGGGAUCUACCGCCUUUGCCUGACUGAAAAGACAAUCAACUUUGUUAAGCUCAACUCCGAUGCCGCUGCGGUGGUACUGCAGCUCAUGAACGUCCGGCGCUGCGGGCAUUCUGAAAAUUUCUUCUUUGUCGAGGUUGGCCGCUCUGCUGUGACAGGCCCGGGCGAGUUCUGGAUGCAAGUGGAUGAUUCAGUGGUUGCCCAGAACAUGCAUGAGACAUUGCUCGAGGCUAUGAAGGCACUCAGCGAGGAGUUUCGGCAGCGAAGUAAAUCUCAGUCAAACUCCGGUCCAGGAGGAGGUGCAACCGCCUCAAACCCUAUCAGUGUUCCCACACGGCGCCACCACUCGAACCCUCCGCCCAGCCAGGUGGGCUUCACCCGCCGACCCAGAACGGAGCCUCCCGGAGGAGCUAACGGCGCAACAGGGGUUAGCAGUGCCAGCGCUUCUCCCACCCCUCGACACAGCUUUCCAAGGUCUCGCACUGCCAGCGAUGGGAGCAAAAUUGAGGAGGGCCUGACAGGAGUCCCCAGCUCCAGUCCCUCGGCCAAUAGUCCUUGUUCCACCACACCGAUCCUCAGGUCAAAGUCGACGCGCUCAGUCCCCACCUCAAACGCUAAAACGCCUCUUGGUCUGAUGCGCUCAGUCUCCACGCCAGCACCCUCCCCAGCCCCAAGCUUGUCCUCCAGCUCUGGGCACGGAUCGGAAUUUGGGGGCAUAGCACCAUGUGCUGGUCCCGGGGCAGGGACCGGCCCCUACAGUCGUGUCCCGAUGCAUUGCGCCUCUGUCUCAGGUUCACCCAGUGACUACGGCUCCUCAGAUGAAUAUGGCUCCAGUCCCGGGGAACAGACGCUCCUAGUCUCCCCGAGCCUGCCUGGAAGUUCGGUUGGUAGCGUUGGCAGCCAGUCCUUUGGCGAGGAGGGAGCUAAUUAUAUUUUAAUGGGCCAGCAUAGCGGUGGCAAUAGCAGCAGCAAUCAAAGCAGUGGGACAUCCAGCUCCUUGCCAGCACCUGGAGGACUAGUCUGUGGCUCCCAAGCCCAGACAAGGAGAGUGCUUCGCCGUUCCUCUAGCCGGGAGUGCGAAACGGAACGUAGGUUGCUGAGCAAGCGUGCCUCCUUACCUCCUAUGGCCUUGGAGAGACUGGUCCCGUGUCAGCACAGAGGUGAGGAGCCGGCAGAGGAAGACUCCGCUGACUAUGCUGUUAUGUCGAGGAGCACCAGCCGUGAAUCAUUUUCGUCCACGUCCUCCACAACGCAGAGGGAAUUCCUCAUGGGUGCUGGGUCAUCAGGGGGGGGUGGGGGUUACUUGGAUGUAGCAGGAGAGUUCAAAGGUGAACCCGGUGCGGGAGCAGGUAGUGUUGUGGAUUUAGGAGUGGAUAAUGGCUACAUGUCCAUGUUGCCAGGAGUCACUCAGCCUCCCGUGUGCCUGUCCCAAUCACUGGCGGUUUCUGUCCCGGACUUGGAUCCUAGACCUGCCGAUGAUUAUAUGGCCAUGACCCCGAACAGCAGUGUGUCCCCCCCACAGCAGAUCAGACCUCCGCCGACCUCUGAUGGCUAUAUGAUCAUGUCUCCCAAUAGCAGCUGCUCACCUGAUCAACGUGGCGGUCUCUCUUCAGGGGUGUGGGUGGGCAGUGGCAGUGCGGACAGCAGAGCAGGCAGUGACUACAUGAACAUGUCACCCAUCAGUGCACGCUCUGUAAAUGGUAGCCCCCCGCCUUCAGAACACGCCAGUCAUUCAGAGACCAGUUCUCAACAGCAAGUCCCCAAGAUGGUGUACUCUUACUAUUCCCUCCCCCGGUCAUACAAACACAAUCCCUCUUCCAGACAUUUCGACGACGGACCAGGACGUGGCAGAAGGCCGAACGAGAGCGGCAGUAGGGGACUGGGUGGAGGUAGGACAAUAAGUGGGCGUCAGGAGCAAACGGCUGCGAGCAGUUCAAUGGCGGGGCGGCACCUGUCGCUUUCCUCUUCCUCAUACUCGUCCAGCUCAGCCAGCAGUGAGAGCCUUGGAGAAAGUGAAGAAAGAGCAGUAAGCGCCAUCGGUGGGGGUUCUAAAGAUGGAACUAAGCUCCAGCAGCGACGAGGCUCCGGUGGGUUGCCAAAACACGGUAUCCACUCUCGAAGUCGACCUGUGAGCUUGUUUGUUGACGUAUCCAAGGCCAACACGCUUCCCAGGGUCCGUGAAAACCCUUUACCCCCGGAACCUAAGAGCCCUGGCGAGUAUGUCAGUAUUGAGUUUAAAGGGGAGAGCAGAAACCAGCCUGGGGUCGGAGGAGGGCGUGGCCGGGGCCUCAGGCAUAGGUCUUCGAACCCUCAUAGUACAAACAACCAGCAUCCUCAACACAGGCCUGUGUCUUGCCUCGGGAAUUUUAUCCCCGUAUCCUGCAGCCCAUCUGCCCCCAUUACUCCCACAGCUGUUUCUGAGUAUGUCAACAUGGACCUGGGCCCUUCUCCUUCGCCCUCACCCCAUACCCCGCUUGUUUUCCCUCCUUUCCACACCCCUCCCACACCGCCAACUCUUGCUCCUGUUUCCAAAGUCCCUGAUGCCGGAUCAACUGACCCUUGUGAAGAGGUGGCAGUGAUUGCAGAGGCACCGCUAAGGAAAAUCGGAGAGAAUGUCCCAGAGUCGGAGUCCCCCACAUCAUGCGGGGACUACACAGAGAUGGCCUUCACCCUGAACAACAACACCGCUUCCAGGUUGUCCUCCAGUGUCUCACUAAAAGCUCCUUCCCCUCCCAGGACUGAACCCUCCGUUGCAUCACGGGGUCUAGACUUUCCUUUAGCCAAAUCGGGCCCCAACCCAGAUCACGGAGCUAAAGUUAUCCGUGCCGACCCCCAAGGACGUAGACGACAUUGCUCCGAAAGCUUCCUCACCUCAUCUUCCCUCUCCGCUCCGGGUUCGACCUCCUCUUCGUCCACUGCCUCACUCUUCCCAGAACAAGCCGGCACCCGGCGGCAGGGCUUUGAAGCCACGGCGUGGCGUAAUUGUGCUGUCCCGGAUACCCCCACUCAGUCACCCCUUCCUGGACAGCAACAGGCCAUCGCCACUCAAACACCCACCACAGAGCAAGGCCUUAACUACAUAGACUUGGACCUGGCCAACAAGGAGAGCCCCCAUUUAGGCCUGGAUGGGCCCCCGGGGAGCCAGGCAUCAGCGCGGCUCUUUUCGGUGCUGGGUGCAAGUUCUGGGGUCGGAGGAGGGGCUGCAGCGGUUGGCAGCGUCAACACGUACGCCAGCAUAGACUUCUACAAGUCCGAGGAGCUGCGGACACAUCAGAACGGAAACAAUGAGGGAACAGAGUGCUGAUGCCAGCGAUGUCGUCCUUGGAGGAACAAUCUGGUAGCGCUCAAAUCUCUGCUCGCUCCCUUUUUUGGGGGGGGGGCUGGGGGGGGAGACACGCCCCCGGAGAGAAACUUUAUUAUGAUUUUUUUUUUUUUUUUUUUUUCCAUCGGUUGCGCAAAGCAAUGGGGAAUGUGUGCGGAGUGAUGUUCUCAAAAAAAAAAAAAACUAGCUUUCAUUCCAUGAGUGGAAGCCAAACAGAAGUGUAAAAGGAUAAAAAAUAAAAAAAAAGGAAUUUAAGUUCUCCCACGAAACGGCAACUCUCAUCUUAAUAUUAAGUUUAUGGAAAAGAAAAUUUAUGGAGGUGUGAAAAGUGCCUGUUUCAGACUAGACAUUUUUUUUCUUGUGUGUGUGUGUGUGUGAAACGUUUGAGCUUUUUUUUUUUUUUUUUUUAAAUCCCCCACUAACAGUGGAUAGCACCUCAAACAAUCAUGUCAAAGGUCAAGCAUGAUAGUUUAGCUUUUAUUUUUCAUGAAUCAGAUUUCAUCAGUCUGGUCGACUAUUGGCAUGGCCGCUUAUUAGCUUUCCGCUAUUAUUGUUGCCACUUUUAUUCCACGACACGUUUAUGUUUUCUCCUCAAAUGUUUUCACUCAGUUUGCCAUGAACUACAGCCAUACGCCACGAGUAUUUUGAAAACUAGUAGCAAAAAAAAAAAAAAAAAAAAUGCCUCAGCAUACCGUACAAUUCAGGACGAGCCAUACAGUCGCUUAGGAGGUGCCGCGUAGACCGAAAGUAACCUUUAUGUCUCAAAAACAACUCUCACGCUCACAAAAAAACUCACCCAAAAAAACCUCACUCACACAAAAAAUCUCUCGUUCGGGAGGUUAGGGUGAGAGAGAGAUUUUAUGAUGCGUGUGUGUGAAAGACUUGUUUGUUGUUAGUUUUGUGAGUGUAUGUGUGAGAUGUGUGUCAGUGUGGAAGAGUUUUUUUUUUGGUGAGUGAGUCCUUUCGGUUCUUGUUUGUUUUGGUUUUUUUUUUAUGCGUGAGAGUUUUGGGGUAAAACAUUUUUGUUGAGUGUGAGUUUUUGGGUGUCUGUGAAAGUUUUGUGUGUGCAUGCGAGAGGUGCAGUGGACCCCCCGCUAUUCCCCAAAAAUCCACAGAUAAUUGGCGCCCAUUAGAAUGACAUUAAACCCAAAAUAUUCUUGAAUAAGCGAGGAUAAAACUCGAAUCAGUGUUUUCGGGAUUGGCUCCCCUUUAAAAAAGGAAAACAAUAUACAUUGGAGAAGAAAAUGUGAAAAAUUGAAACAAAAUCCACGCAUAGUAUGCGGCGGUCCCCCCCGUAAAUCUGACUUUUGACCAACGUGGCACCUCCUAGUUAGUCGACUGUGUCUCACUUAAUCCUUUUUCCUCUCAGGAACAAUAAUGUGUUACUCGUGGUUCUGCGAAAUCGUGUUUGCCGCUCACGCUAAUGCUAGCCUGUUAGCUUUUAGGAACGUUGCAUUUGAGCUCUUCUCCAACCUCAUCUGUUCAUAUCUGCAUCAGCACUUAAGUGCCUGUCUGUUUUGUCUUAUUUAACCCAUCACAUGGGUCGUGCUAUAUACCACGUCUGUUUUUCUGUACAUUUUCUCCCUUUGGAUGUAUAUAACUCUGGUGCGAAACGGAUCUAUCAGGGGACUUUUCGGUCGGCCGUGGCUCUGAUGAGGAGACUUCAGUGCCAAAGCUCGCCAGGAGAAACUUCUCCUCAAGAGGCGCCCUACGGCGCUCAUCCUUUGUUUUAAAUGGAACUCUCCCCCGGUUAACUAAGAUAAAGGCUUUUGUUGCAAAGAGCUGAUGUUUUAACCCGAUAAUUCUCUCGUGACCCUUGAUGACGAAAAUUUGCCCAUCCCUGCUGUAAACAGCCCAAAGUAAACGCCCAAGCACUACUUUGCUUCAAUUAACAACGCACCAGUAUUUGUUCAAACUGCCCUCGACAAUCCUUCCCAGCGCAUGUUCCUUUGAAAUACACUUCAUUUGUGCUUCGUAGUGAAAAGUCUGCUCAAUUGUCUUUCAUAUGUGCGACGGUACCGAAUGGCAAGAAUGUGUUCGUGUUGCCAUUGAUUUGUUGCUUGACAAACAAAUCAAGCAACACAACAAAACUCCAGUAAAAUAAUUACAGUCAAACAACA